AUGCUCAUUUCUCUCUAUAUUUCAUUCCACCUCUUUCUUUUACUCUCAACUUUUCUUUUUCUCUUUUCUUUCUCUUCUUUUUUCUUUCUGGUUCUUUUUUUGUUUCUCCCAAUCGAAACCUUUUUAGUCUCUCUUUUCUUUCUCAUUCUUUCAAAUGCGCUCGAUUUUCUCCCUCGUUUUCACAUCCAACCGAAUUGCCCAUUUUCAUUCUCUAUGUCUUUCUUUCUGUCUGUUUCUCUAUCUCUUCCUCUUAUCUUCUCUUUCUCUUCCACCUUCAUCACUUUCAUGUUUUCCAUCAGAGUUUCCAACUUGAUUUGUUUGACGUUUGUUUUUAUUUCCUUUCUAUUUCAAUCCAAAAAUAGUCUUUCUUUUCCUUCUUCCUUCUGUGAGCUUUUCUGUCUGUUUCUUCUUUCUUUCCUUUUUCUUUCCUCUGAUAACUUCUCUUCUGUUUUUUAUCUACCGUCUAAUUUGAUUUUUUUGUUGUUUCUUUUCGUUGUUCUUUCUUCUGAGAGCUUUUGUUUCUAUUUCUUCUUUCUUUCUAUCUUCUUUCUUUCUAUUUCUUCUUUCUUAUUUUUUCUUUUUUGCUUUCUUUUUUUCUUUCUUUUUUCUUUCUUUCUUUUUUCUUUCUUUCUUCUGAUUAAUUUUCUUCUUUUUGUUUAUCCUCCAUCUCUUAGCUUGAUUUGUUUGUUUGUUUUUAUUUCGUUCUAUUUCACUCUAAAAACUUUGCUUCUUUCUUUCUUUUUUCUUUCCAUGUUUCUUUCUGUUUUCUUCUUAUUUUUGUUUGCUGUCCGUCUAAUAGCUUGGUGUGUUUUUUGUUCUUUCUUUCUUUCUUUCUUUCUUUCUUUCUUUUUUUCUUUCUUUCUUUCUUUCUUUCUUUCUUUCAUUCAUUCAGUCUUUCUUUUUUCCUUCCGUCCACAAUCCAUCUGA